AUGGCCUCAGCGGCCCUGGCUACCGUAGCCGAUGCUUCUGCGUUCAGCGUCCGGUCAUUGUAUCGCUCGCUGUUGCGACAAUCGCGGCAAUUUGCGAAUUACAAUUUCAGAACGUAUGCAAGAAGGAGGACAAGGGAUGCAUUUCAUGAACACCAGCACGAACAAGAUCCCCGGCGGAUACAGGAGUUGGUGCAAAAGGGUUUGAAGGAAUUGCAGGUUAUGAAGAGGCAAACGGUAAUAUCACAAUUUUACCAGCUCGACCGAUUGGUAGUCGAAGGCGGAAUUUCGGGUCAGGAGACAGGAGGCCAUGGUGGAAUUGUACGACAGAAAGACACUGGAUGGGACUGA